AUGGGAAACAAUAAUACGACCAGUUCGCUGCCACAAAGAGAACAAAACAAACACUCCCCAGUCACAACGAAACAAGAUCAGUCACUUACCCCUUCUGAAAAUCAACAAGUAAAUACCAAUUUUAACAGCAGUUGUACAACUUCCGAUGCGACAACAUUGAAUAUCCCAUCAAAUGAUCAGAAUAAUUUUCAAAUAACAUCAUCUUCUUCAACUUCAAGUCUCUCCUCCAAUACAACAACUUCCUAUAAUGCUCCCAAUCUCGUUGGAGAAUCAAAAAUACUAAUCGGAGAGAAGGGAAAAUCAAUUAUUCAACAAUUAAGACUUGCACUUCCUCAAGAACAAAAGCAACAUAAUGAAUGGACAUUACUCUAUGCAAAUUGGAGAAAUGGAGCUUCGAUAGCAACUUUUGGUGAAAUAGUAAUGCAUCACGGACCAAUGAUAAUCAUAAUUGAAGAUAUUGAAGGAAAUAUAUUUGGAGCUUUUACAAGUGUUUCUCUGGAUAGGAAACCUAAUUUUUAUGGAAAUAACAACUGUUUAUUGUUCAAAAUUGAAACAAAUGAAAAUCAGGAAACGAAUGUGCAAAUUUACAGGUCCAGUAAUAGAAAUGAAAAUUAUGUAUACUUUAAUUAUGGAAAUAAGUAUAAUCCAUACAAUGGCCUUGCAUUUGGAGGAAAAAUGGGAUGCUUUUCUCUUUGUAUUGAAGAGGACUGGAGGUUUGGGAGGACUGUUGGAGAUUUACUUACUUAUUCAUACAGUCCCCAAUUGUCGAGUGACUCUGAUUUUGAAAUUAAUCAUAUAGAAGCAUGGAUAUUCCCUCUUAGUGAAUCAAUUCAAAUCGAUUUGAGAUAUAGAGCUAAAGCAAAACAAUCCAAACAGGCAUUGGGGGAGGAUAAUGCUGCAGAAAUUUUCAUAAUGAAGCAAGCCGGAGUAAUGUCAAGUGAUAACGACCACAUCAGAGAAACUGCCUAUCAAAAGGAUUCAGAUUUAAAGAAGGAACCUGGUACUUAA